AUGACGGACCAGUGGACGAGGGCGAAAGGAGUCAUUAAUCAAGUUCGAAGUCAUGGACAGUGCGUGGCCAGCCCUCUCUUUCAGUCGACGCCGCUCAUAUGCACCAUUAGCAGUUAUGCGCCCCGCACUGUACCAAGUUACACCGCUCAGUCAAGCGCCGGCGCCAGCAGCUCGUACGGGUCUUAUCACAAGGCCGCUCCUCCCACCGUGCCAUCCUCUGUCCCUCCAUACAACCCAUAUGCUCCGCCUCGACGGCCUACUACCAUCCCUAGUAGCCUCGCAUCUCCCACGAAACCCAAAGGGAUACGAUUCAAGGAAUCUCCUUUCUUUCAAGUCCUCGAAGUCCUCUCUACCAUCGCAGAGUGCCCAGAAUCGGCUAGCGCCACAGAUCGUCGGCAGCAGACUCUAUCUUUCGCGGUUCCGAGCGACAUGUCGGCGAAAGUGAAAGCCCCAGGGUGCGGUUUCGUACGUGCUGACCGUCAUUCCAGACAUCAACUGCGCCUAUUCUGCACAUCAUCACUAUUCUAUUCUAAUGCCCCCGGUUUCCGGUCGAACCCUCCACCCUGUCUCAUAGAAUUUCCUCCUACAUGCGAAGUCCGAGUAAAUGGCGUGCAGAUCACUGCAAACCUCAAGGGUCUCAAGAAGAAACCUGGAACCGCCCCACCUCCCGAUAUUACCAAGCACGUCAAACUGAACGGUCACCAAAAUCGUGUAGAGAUGGUCUACGUCAACAGCCAGCAGCCUACAGCGCCCAGGAAAUUCUACAUGGUUGUCAUGCUUGUCGAGGCGACGACUGUGAACACGCUCGUGGACAAUCUGAAGAAGACGGGCUAUCGAUCCAGCGCAACAAUACAACAGCAGAUGAAAGCGCAGAUGUCCGACGACGACGACAUCGUGGCAGGAGCGUCGAAGAUGUCCUUGAAGUGCCCGCUGAGCUUCAUGCGAGUGGGGACACCAUCAAGGUCGACUCGAUGCGUCCAUCCACAAUGCUUCGACGCCUUCAUGUGGUUUUCCGUCAUGGAGCAAACGACAACGUGGCUGUGUCCUGUAUGCGAGCGUCAGCUGGACCCAAAGGAGCUCAUAAUAGACGGAUACUUCGACGACAUUCUCAAGGCGACACCAGAUAGCGUAGAGGAUGUUAUAGUGGAAGCUGACGGGGAGUGGCAUACGACAGACAACAAGUACGGCUCCGAAGAGUGGAAGGCUACACAUCCUGUAGCCACGACUUCGAAGCCGCCACCACCGAAGCCGACGUUUUCGCCUUCCAAGCUCACCUCCGGUGCGAACGACAAGGGCAAGAACAAGGUCGAAGUGUUCGUCUUGGACUCGGACGACGAAGAGGACGAGGGACGGGUCAAGCGCGAGCUGUCGCCGCCUUUGACGCAGUCCAGCCAGUCCGUCGAGCCAAGACGACCACAGAGCAAUGUCAUCGACUUGACCCUCGACUCGGACGAGGAGGAUGACGGACCGCCUCUGGCGGCUUCUCACCCCGCGACGAAGAGGAAAGCCGACGAUGCUGGCUUACGAGGAUCGUCGCCCAGCGAAGUGAUUUGGAAGAGGAGUCGAACGGAGUUGGGCGGCGGUGGUGUGUUACGCUCGGCCUCCUCCAACAACAUAAAUGGGGGAGGCGACUAUCCACCACCGAUACGCCCUGCUGCGACCUAUACGUCCUCUCGCGCCCCGCCUAACGGCACUACGAAUGGCGCAGGGUCUUACGGGACCAGCGCCUCCUACCCCGCGAAUGGCUUAUCUUCCCCGUCUUAUCCAUCGUAUGGCGGGAGUUCGUAUCAGCGUGGUAGUGGGAGUGGGCGUUGGUGA